GGCCGCUGUGACGUAUGGUGAAAAUGAAGAAUUAGUUGUAAACAUAUCACACCGAUUUUCUGAAUCUGUGGAUUUAAAUUUUCAUAUAUUUAAUAAUAUUAAUUCUUAAAAGAACUUAAGUUAUUUUUAAUUAGUACACGACUUUGACUCAAAGUUUUAUCCAUUAAAUGUGAGAGGAGUAGGAAGAGCGAGUGCUUGAAUGAUUCAGGAUGAAUUCAACUAUAAUCAUUGGGCUGAAAGAUGAUUCUAGCCCCUAAAUGCUUCUUGUAAAUAUCACAAAUCAACCGAGAUAAAGUACAGACGACAAGGAAUGGUAAGAUAGGUAUUCAAGGCCUGCUCCAGUUCCUAAAAUCGCCUAAAAUUGCCCAAAAUGACGGCGAUGUUAGGGCCUGAAAUAGACUUCAUUCAAAAAUGCUUUAGGAAGUACUCUCUGCGGUUUCAGUUGACCAGUUCAGUCAUAGKUAUAWAUUAUGCAUUCMUUAGUCUCUGUCUUUUCUUGCAUAAAGUAAACAAAAAAAUAUUUUUAGAAUCUUCUCUCGCUCGCUGCUCGUGGUGUUUAGUCUUUUAUAUUAAGAAUGAGAGAGUAACUCCUUAUUUGGCAUUUCUAUUAUGCACCAUUGGAUAAUUACCUCCGUGUCAAGUAAACAAGGAAAAGACUAUUAUUUCAGUCCUGACACACCAGCUGUGAAGCCUUUAUACCAGCAAAGAUGUUUUGUCUUUUGAUCUCUACCUUGCUAGGCCUGGGAUUAACAACUAUCGGAGAACGUUCUACUGUUGCGCAGAAGSCAACUACUGGAYCUCCACCAAAGCCACCAACACCCUCAAAAGACGAUCUUCGUAAUKCUGUCAGCGUUAAAAUCAAUGAACUCAACAUUUCUGAGUGGAAUCAGCAUUUYGACCUUAAGUUUAAAAGCAGUGUAGCGCAUGAAGUAACUGCCUACUGUGCGAAGAAUAGCAUUUGUCUUCCAGGACGUAAAAGGCACUCUGAAAACAACUUCAUUAACUUUACUACAGAUCAAGUAAACCUUGUUGGUUUUCCAGUGCAACUGUCUUAUGCAUUUGACAGCAUUUAUGCACUUGUAGCAUUUUACGUCAAUUUUCCACCAGGAGUCGCUUCAAAUCUCAGGGACUCUAUUGACGGUGCUGUACUCGUCGGUAUCAUAAUUGAUUCACGUCGUAAUAUCGGUAAUGAUAUUGGAAAGACUAUCUCGUCAGUAUCAAGGYACCAGACUCAAACUGCAAGUACCCCAGAGUGUCCACAAACGACUUCUUCUGGAAUUUCUCCUGAAUUAAGAUGGUUCAUGAUAUAUACAAUUGGUGGMWCAAUUUKUGGUGCAAUAGUUCUUAUUGUAAUAUUGUGUUCAGUAAUAAGUUGGUAUAACAGACGAUUUACAUAGAAAUAUGCGACUAGUGAAGAACAUACGACAUUCAAAUCGAGAUGAAAAAAUACCGCCAGUUUGACUUGUAAGGAAAGUUCAAGUACCGUGCAUUGGUAGGCUGGAGUAUUUUGAUCUUCUGACUAAAAUAUCUUGGAAAAUAUUUUUCACUGGAAGCUGAACAUUGGUGGCAAGUGAGAAUAGGUAUCGAUCGAAAGCUGUACGGACUUUGAUGUCCAUUGGGUGAAGUUAAAGGUGUCUUAGAGAUUGAAGUUUAGAGCCGGUUGGCAAAUUUCGAUCGCUGACUUACCUCCCUUGUCUAUUUUUAUUUUCGAGGGGGGGAAAUAUUAAAAUGGCUUUAAAAAUCAAUCUUUAUUCAUAAAACUGUUU